CUUUUUCCUUCUUGCACGUGAGCAGCGGCAUAUUCGAAGCUGAUGAGGGGCUUUCGCAAACUCUUUACCUUCUACAGAAUCCAGCACAGUCGUCACAUUUCAUCCAAUUCUGCCAUAAUGUCUCGCAACUAUGAGGCUGCGAUCGCAGCUCUCAACUCGCUGCAAUCCAACUUUGCAGUAGUGGAAGAGCUACGGAAAUCACGGAAAGACAUGAAUCUAUUAUCUAUUCCAGAGACCGUGGAGUGGCUCCGUCGCAUAGGAUAUCAGCCCUCCGAUCUCAGCCGCAUUAAUCCCGUACAUGUUGCUGGCACCAAGGGUAAAGGCUCCACUUCGGCCUUUAUCGCAUCGAUUCUGUCUCAGUACACUGCAUCGAAGCUAUCUGACUCGACCUCGACCUCGACCUCACGCACACUCAACAAGGUCGGACUCUACACCUCGCCUCAUUUACGCUUUGCCAGAGAACGGAUCCAGAUCGACAACGCCCCGCUGUCUGAAGAGAAGUUCGCCAAAUAUUUCUUUGAGGUAUGGGAUCGCUUGGACGAAGCUGCUCGGUUGGCCGGCGAGGAUCCCGCGAACCUCCAAACGAAGCCUCAGUACUUCCGGUACUUGACAUUAAUGGCGUUCCAUACUUAUAUAAGCGAGGGGGUGAAUGCAGCGGUCAUCGAAUGUGGAAUUGGGGGAGAGUACGAUUGCACCAACGUGAUUCCCAAGCCAGCAGCGACAGCAAUCACUAGCCUGGGCAUUGACCACGUAGCUCUAUUGGGGAAUACUAUUGAGGAGAUCGCAUGGCACAAAGGUGGCAUCAUCAAGCCUGGCACCAAAGCAUUCAGCACACCGCAGCCCCCGACUGCUGAGAAAGUUCUCCUUGAACGUGCGGCCGAGAAAGGAACUUCGCUGGAAAUCGUGAGGGGCCAUCCUGAACUCCACAGUGAUGGGGGUGUGAAACUCGGACUAGCCGGUGAGUUUCAAUAUACAAACGCGGCAGUGGCAGUUGCGACCGCGGCGGAAUUCCUCCGGACUGUCGGCAUCGAGGACUUGCCGUCAGAUGCCCUCCAGAAGUCGCUGCCGGCCAAAUUCCGGAAAGGUCUGGAAGAAGCCCGCCUCGGGGGUCGCUGUGAGACACGCACUGAGAAUCGCAUUACGUGGUACAUUGAUGGAGGCCAUACGCUCGAAAGCAUCAAGCUGGCUGGUCAAUGGUUUGCAUCUCAGAUCCAGGCGAACUCGUCGUCUACUGCAGUUGCCCAGAAGAAGCAGCGGGUCUUGAUCUUCAACCAACAGACUCGUGACAGCAACGCCCUCGCUCGGGCUCUUCACGAGACUCUGGCUGCGGCCUUGGGCUCGGAGCAACCGUUCACACACGCGGUCUUCUGCACCAACGUCACCUACAAGGAUGCUGGCUAUCGGCCAGACCUUGUCAGCAUGAACACGAAUGCGACUGAUGUGGAGAAAUUACAUGUCCAGAAAAGCCUCGCGGAGACAUGGUGUUCCAUUGACCCCCGUACCGAAGUUAAGGUGUAUGGCACCAUCGAGGAAGCCGUCGACUUCACCCGAGAGCUCGCCAUGAUGGAAAAAGACCUUGUGGGUCAGCAUGAAGCCCCUGUUAUGACCUUCGUUACUGGCAGCUUGCACCUGGUUGGUGGCUUUCUGGAUGUCAUUGAAACCAAACCUGCUCCUCAAUAAGGAUCGCAAUCUACUGCCUCACCAUGAGGUUUCAACAACAAAACUGGUGAUACCCGCGCACAAGGCAUAUCCGCCUUGUUUAUGCUCU